AUGGAAAAAGAAGUCUUGUCAUCUAAUUCUAAGAUUCAAAGUCAGGCUGUGAUUGGACAUGCAAGUAUAACACCUUUUAAUUGUGGGUUAUGCACCAAAGUGUUCAAAGACUUGAAAACCUUACAGAAACACAUUCGAAACCAUACAACUGAUGAAGCUUUUCAAUGUGAUUUCUGUUUAAAGAACUUCAGCCUGUCUCGUAACUUAAUCAAACAUAAAAGAAUACAUACUGGAGAAAAACCUUAUAAAUGUGAUGUGUGUGGGAAAGCAUUCAGCCAGUCACAACACUUACAGACACACAUGAGGAUACAUACAGGUGAUAAACCUUAUAGAUGUGAUGUGUGUGAGAAGGCUUUCAACAAUUUAAGUAACUUUAACUGCCACAUGAAGCUUCACACAGGUGAUAAACCUUAUAAAUGUGGUGUUUGUGGACAGGCAUUCGGCCAUUCACAGAAUUUAAAGAAUCACAUGAGGACACACACUGGUGAAAAACCUUAUAAAUGUGAAGUUUGUGAGAGAACAUUCAGUCAGACAAUACACUUACAGACACACAUGAGGACACAUACAGGUGAUUAUCCUUAUAAAUGUGAUGUGUGUAGCAAGGUAUUCAUCCAAUUACAGAACUUACAGAAACACAUGAGCACACAUACUGGUGAUAAAUCUUAUAAAUGUGAUGUGUGUGGGAAGUUAUUCACCUGGAAAGAUAACUUAAAGGGACACAUGAGAAUACAUACAGGUGAUGAACCUUACAAAUGUGAUGUUUGUGAGAGAUUUUUCAAAUAUGCCAACGAUAUAAAAAGACACAUGAGGACACAUACUGGAGACAAACCUUAUAAAUGUGAUGUGUGUGGCAAAGAAUUCAGGCAGACACAACACUUACAGAAACACAUGAGGACACAUACAGGUGAUAGAUCUUAUAAAUGUGAUGUUUGUGGAAAGUUAUUCAUCCGGAGAGAUACCUUACAAAUGCGAGAAACAUUAAUUCAAAGUCAGGCUGUGAUUGGACAUGCAAGUAUAACACCUUUUAAUUGUGGGUUAUGCACCAAAGCGUUCAAAGACCUGAAUACCUUACAGAAACACAUACGAAAGCAUACAACUGAUGAAGCUUUUCAAUGUGAUUUCUGUUUAAAGAACUUCAGCCUGUCUGAUAACUUAAUCAAACAUAAAAGAAUACAUACUGGAGAAAAACCAUAUAAAUGUGAUUUGUGUGGGAAAGCAUUCAGACAGUCAAUACACUUACAGGGACACAUGAGGAGACAUACAGGUGAUAAACCUUAUAAAUGUGAUGUGUGUGGAAAGGCAGUCAGUCAGCCACAUAGCUUAAAGAGUCACAUGAUGAUACAUACAGGUGAUAAACCAUAUAAAUGUGAUGUGUGUGGGAAAGCAUUCAGCCAGUCACAACACUUACAGCGACACAUGAGGAUACAUACAGGUGAUAAACCUUAUAAAUGUGAUGUGUGUGGGAACGCAUUCAACAGAUUAAAUGCCUUACAGACACACAUGAGGAUACAUACAGGUGAUAAACCUUAUAAAUGUGAUGUGUGUGGAAAGGCAGUCAGUCAGCCACAUAGCUUAAAGAGACACAUGAGGAUACAUACAGGUGAUAAACCUUAUAUUUAUGUGUGUGGGAAAGCAUUCAGCCAGUCACAACACUCACAGCGACACAUGAGGAUACAUACAGGUGAUAAACCUUAUAAAUGUGAUGUGUGUGGGAACGCAUUCAACAGAUUAAAUGCCUUACAGACACACAUGAGGAUACAUACAGGUGAUAAACCUUAUAAAUGUGAUGUUUGUGGAAAGGCUUUCAACAAUUUAAGUAACUUAAACUGCCACAUGAAGCUACACACAGGUGAUAAAUCUUAUCAAUGUGAUGUGUGUGGGAAGGCAUUUACCCAAUCGCAGAACUUACACAAACACAGAAGGAUACAUACAGGUAAAAACCUUAAUAAAUGUGAUGUGUGUGGGAAAGAAUUCAGCCAGACAAAUCAAUUAACACACAUGAGAAUACAUACAGGUGAUAAACCAUAUAAAUGUGAUGUGUGUAAGAAAGCAUUCAGCCAGACAAAUCACUUACAGACACACAUGAGAAUACAUACAGGUGAUAAACCUUAUAAAUGUAAUGUGUGUGAGAAAGCAUUCAGCCAGACAAAUCAAUUACAGACACACAUGAGAACACAUACGGGUGAUAAACCUUAUCAAUGUGAUGGACAUUCUGAACUUACAGAACACAUGAGCACACAUACUGGUGAUAAAUCUUAUAAAUGUGAUGUUUGUGGGAAGUUAUUCACCUGGAAAGAUAACUUAAAGGGACACAUGAGAAUACAUACAGGUGAUGAACCUUACAAAGGUGAUGUUUGUGAGAGAUAA